AUGCCUGGAGGAACUUGGAGGGACAACCCUGAUAAAUGAAUCUUGUUCGAUAAUGGUGCGUAUAACAUAAAGUACGGUACCACAGCUACAGAAGGAGACCCAAAGACAAUGUUUAAUGCCAUAGGCAAGGAUAGGUCCACCCUCAGCUUCUUUGUGGGUAAUGAAGUCCUUGAGAAACUUAACAAGGGCCAGACUAACCUCACAUUGACAUUCCCCUUAGUCAGAGGUUUACUUCAUGAUAGUGAUAUAGAGACGAUGAUCUGGAAAUAAGAUAUUCUCCUCAUUUGGCAAGAAAAAGAAGGUUGAUGAGAAGACCAGCUGCUUCUGCCUCACAACUCCUCCAGUUCUCCCUGAUAUUGUCCUUGAGAGAUAUGGAGAAAUGGUUUUUGAAGAUUUUGGAUUUGAUGCAUUCUUCAAGACUUCUGGGCAAUCCAUGCUCUGAGAAUUCGCCAAGGAUUACUUCAAAGAUGACGAGAUUGAUGAUGAGUGACAACUCAUACUUGAUUCUGGCUUCAGUUUUACAUAUGCAGUACCCAUUUUUGGAGGUAUGCCUAUCAAACAUGCAUCUACCAGAAUUGAUAUUGGAGGGAAAUUAAUGACAAACCUCUUAACUGAGAUAAUCUCAUAUAAAGAAUACAAUCUCACUGGAGAGACUCUGCUCGUAAACGAUAUCAAAGAGCAUCUGUGCUACGUCUCCACAGAAUUUGACAAUGACCUUGAAAAGUGAAAGAACAAGGACACUGAAAUUUUGAAGGAAUAUGUCCUUCCUGAUUAUAACACAACUAAGAAGGGAUAUCCUAGAGAUUUUGAUCCAAUGAGGCAAUCGGCUGAGCAGAUUAUCACUAUGGGUAACUCCCGGUUUACUGUGCCUGAGGUGCUGUUCAACCCGAGUAAUAUAAAUAUCCAUCAGGCAGGUAUCCCUGAGAUGAUCAGCCAAUGUAUCAAUAAAUGACCUGAAGCAAUGGAGAAUCUAUUGUACAGGAACAUCAUAAUCACAGGUGGUAAUGCUAACUUCACUGGGUUUGCUGAGAGAUGUGAGCUCGAAAUGAUAGGCGACGAGAGUAUCCAACAUCCUACGGGCUUCAAACCUGAUUCUGCAGAUCUGAGGAUCUUCCUGACUCCAAACCCUGAGUUCAACACUUGGCAUGGUCUCCAAAUGUUCACUAAGAGAGAUGAUUUCGAAGAUUACGUCGUCACUAAGCAAGAGUAUGAAGAUGAAGGAGUCCGUGCCUUUAGACGCUAUAAUUUGUAA